AUGGAGCCAGAUAACUUCGACGCUCGCACGCUUGCGGAGCUGCCUACCCACCUUUCCCUCUAUCGUCGCGACAUCUACCAACGCACCUGCCUCAGCAUGAUCAGCACUGGCAUCCACAAAUGGGGCUUCGUUGUGUACCGCUGCACAUACGGUGACGACGAACUCUGGAACCGCUACCUCACCCGCCUUAAGCGCUUCUGUCACGACGACCUUGUCGAGAAUCGACGCGCCGAGCUGCUGGAGCAAAACCUUGAUUGGGUCGUAAUCGAGGACCGCGUCAUGCUUGACAACGCCUCCCGGUCUGACAUGCCCCGCUUCCGCUACUGUCUCUACGUCGACAAGCAGUGCCUUGACACCGUCAUCCAGUUUCAGGAGGCAAACGACGGCACAGCCUUGUUCAAAAGUUCCCUACCGCCAAUGGUUUUUGCCUUCAUUGAUCGAACCUGGACACCGGAUGGAACUGACGGUACUGAUGAUGAUGAUGAUGAUGACUGUGGCGAGUAUGAGGUAGAAGGGGUUAAGGAAGAAAAAGAUGGGGAAGAAGAAGAUGAGGAAGAAGACGACGACGAUGAGGGAGAGGAGGAUGAGGAGGAAAACGAGGCGAAUGAUGGCGGCUAUCCCCUCAUUGAUGGCUGCGUUCGCAAGUAUGUUGGGUGGAUGUAUUGCAACGCUAUUUACGUAGGGGGCAUGUACGAGCACCUUCUCCAACAGGGAUUGGACGACGACGAGUCCUACCAGCGUCCACCUGCUAUUUUUCCUCGAGGCAAAAGGUCGAUGCCUAGUUGA